AAAACAGUUACACUCCUGUGAUCUGCAUCUCCAAGUCUGCACUAGCUAGCCACUUCUACCAUGUCUUACAGUGUUCGCCAGUCCACCACUUCAAGUUCCUUCAGGGGGCUGGGAAGUGGUAUUGGUGGGGGAGCUGGUAGAGUUUCCUUCAAAGCCCCAAGUGUUCAUGGUGGGUAUGGGGGCCAGGGUGUUUCUGUGUCUUCUGCUCGUUAUGUCUCUUCUGGCUUUGGUGGUGGUCUAGGAGGUGGUAGCAGUGGCUACAGCAGUAGCUUUGGAUCUGGUGGUGGGUAUGGCGGUGGGUACAGCGUUAAUGUAUCAGGCGAUGCCCUGCUGACUGGCAAUGAGAAGGAGACCAUGCAGAACCUGAAUGACCGCCUGGCUUCCUACCUGGAUAAGGUGCGCUCUCUGGAGACUGCCAACGCAGACUUGGAGGUGAAGAUCCGAGAUUGGUAUGAGAAACAAGGGCCCAGACCAGGUCGUGACUACAGCCACUACUUUAAGACCAUUGAGGACCUGAGAGACAAGAUUCUUGCUGCUACUAUCGACAAUUCCAAAGUUGUCCUGCAGGUAGACAAUGCCAGGCUGGCAGCAGAUGACUUCAGAACAAAGUUUGAGAAUGAGCUUGCCCUUCGCCAGAGUGUGGAAGCUGACAUUAAUGGAUUGCGCAGAGUGUUGGAUGAACUGACCCUGGCUAGAACUGAUCUGGAGAUGCAGAUAGAGAACUUGAAGGAGGAGCUGGCCUACCUGAAGAAGAACCAUGAAGAGGAAAUAAACGCGUUACGUGGACAAACCGGUGGUCAAGUCAGUGUUGAAGUGGACUCGGCACCAGGUGUGGAUAUGAGCAAGAUUUUGGCUGAUAUGAGAGAUCGGUAUGAGCUGAUGGCUGAGAAAAAUCGCAAGGAUGCUGAAGCUUGGUUCUUCACUAAGACUGAAGAACUGAACAAGGAAGUUGCCACACACACAGAACUGAUCCAGACCAGCAAGACAGAAAUCACAGACCUAAGACGCACGCUCCAAGGGCUUGAGAUAGAACUCCAGUCUCAACUAAGUAUGAAAUCAUCCCUUGAAGGUACUCUUUCAGAAACAGAAGCACGAUUUGGUGCGCAACUGUCACAAAUUCAAGCGUUAAUUGGCAGUUAUGAGGCACAACUUGGUGACCUCCGUUCAGACAUGGAACGCCAGAACCAUGAGUAUAAAAUGCUCAUGGAUAUCAAGACACGUUUGGAACAUGAAAUCGCCACCUAUCGUCAGCUCCUGGAAGGACAUGAUGCACAGAUUGUUGGGGGCACAACCAAAGAUGUUAAAAUCGAAAGAAAAUGAGAAAUGAGUAAUUAGGCAGCUUCCUUUUAAGAAGACCCUCCUCUUUUUCUGCACGCAAACUUGGCUUAUGCAGGAGCAUAUGCAGGAGCUAUGGAGUCAAGAUCUGUUACAUUUCCCAAAUGACCUACAGAUCGCAUAUAAUGUUUAACACCUGGAUGUAGUGGAUGAAUUAAAAGCUUGCUUUUAUAAACUCUUUUAUUCUACAGCUGUCUAAUAAAUAACAACUUUGGGUCAAGCAUAAAA